CUCACUUCGACCACUACCAAUUGUCCCAGACGUCCCUUGUUCACCCCAUUUAUGAUUUCACUUUGCUCUGCUUCUUGGGGAAGAUUAUGCAUUAAGACGAGAAGAUCAAAGAGAGCCCAUUUCGCUGAGCUUCGAAAUCCUCGUUGCCGUCACGCUGGUCCGGGCUCAAUCACCAUACCCGUGGAAUUAUCAGUGUGCGUCCGCGGUCCAGAUCGAUUUUCUAGGCAGCUGUUUUGUGCUUGAGUCCCACACGUAGAGCUAUCUAUUGUGGGCCCUCCACCAGAGGUUACACCGUUAGGGGUGAGCACGGGGAGACUUUUGUCCGCUGCAACAACACUUCGUCGACUGCAUUCAAAAAUCAAGUAAUCAUCAACAAACAGAAUGUUACAAGUACGGUUUCUUUUAUUCUCAGUUACUCUGUUACUCACAAACAUCGCCGAGGCAACGUACAGAACAAUAAAGCAUCCGCACAACUCAAACUAUGAGAUCCGAGUCAAAGAACAUGCAGACGGCGUGCUCUGCAAUGGAGGAGGGAAGCAUUUCACGGGAUGGGCUGAUAUAGGAGAUAGACAUCUAUUCUAUUGGUAUCACCCAGCUCGUCAUGUGCCAGCUAAAGACGCCCCUUUGCUCGUCUGGCUCGACGGUGGACCCGGCGCAUCCUCCACGAUAGGAAUGCUGAUGCUUCACGGUCCAUGUCUUCUCGAUAUGAAAAACCAAACAACAAGAUUCAAUCCAGAUUCAUGGACCGAAUUCUUCAAUGUCAUAUACUUGGAUCAGCCAGCUGGAACUGGGUUUUCGUACGUCGAAGAGUCGGAAAACCCAGAAGCCUAUCCCAGACGCAGUGAGGAAUCAGCAUUGGAUUUCAUUGUAGCUUUAGAGCUAUUUCGCGUGGGUUUUGAGGGUCUUGAGCAUGCUCCGCUGUAUGUUGCGGGUGAGUCUUGGGCCGGUCAGUACGUGCCUACAUAUGGGGCUGCGAUCUUGGAUUACAACACACGAGUCUCAGCAAGAGAACGAAUACCUUUAGUUUCUGUCAUUAUUGGAAAUGGAUGGGUUUCUCCAGCUGCGCAGUUCCCGGCCUUGUACGACAUUAGCUGUUUUGAAUACAACGGGAUUCCUCCAGUAUUGAACGAAACCGAGUGUGCGAAAAUGGCUCCUAUUGCAGCUCGUUGCGAAUAUCUGGCAAACGCAUGUGCUACCUUCCCAGAUGAUAUUGUAUGUAGUGCUGUUGGUGAUUAUUGCGAGCCGACCCUGAAAGCCGCUGUGGGGAGAUUAGAAAAGGGUCAUCCCUGGGACCGUACCUUGGUCUGCAAUGCGCCUACCCCAGAUGCUUGCUACCCAGAGCUCAAAGGCAUCACGGAACUGUUCGCUGUACCCGAGGUCCUUGAUCAGUUGGAAGCCGUACAACAAACUCAAGGGAAAGCAGUUCCAUUCGAAGUGGUAUCAAGCAUCAUUGAGGAGCGAUACUCGAAGUCAGGCGGCGACGCUUUAACUUCAGUUCCAGCGUUGACGAGAUUGAUUGACGAUGCGGACAUUAAUGUUUUGAUUUAUGUUGGUACGCAAGAUUGGAUUGUCAACCCUGUUGGCGUGAGGAGAUGCCUGGAUGAGAUGCGUUUUGAAGAUUAUCUUCACUUUCGAAAUCAAGGUAGAGAGGAGUUGGCGUGGAAGACGAAAGAGGGCAGAUCUGCAGGUACGGUGAAGAAGAUUGAUGGAUUAUGGCAUGUUGAACUUGCGGGUGCUGGACACAUGGCACCGUAUAACCAGCCGCAUUCUUCACUGAAGCUGAUGGAGGCUUGGCUUGUGGAAGUUGAAUCGAGGAAACUUGAAAGUGGGGCAUCAUUGGGAAAUUCUCGCGAGAGCGAAGGGGAUAUGAGGACGCAACGAUAUCUAAGUCGUGUAGAUCUAUAGCUUACAUUCUCAACUCAUUACCUCUGGCAUCAGAAGAAUAAUGCUAUUGGUUCACGCUGUGUCGAAAAGUUUGUC